AUGAAAUUCCGCAAUAGUUUACUCCUGGCACUAUUGUCUUUGGCCUGCUGGUCCGUGGAGGGCCAGAUCGCGUGUGGACAGUGUACGCCGUCUGGCCACAGCUGUGUAAGCCGUACCCAAUAUGUUUCCUGCAAUGAUGGAAUCAUUGAUCCAAAUGCGGAAGUCAUGAGCUGUGCCGAUGACGAGCUGUGCGUUGCCACAAGCCUUUUGAAUGUGAUUUGUGUUCCGAAGUGUGUGUUGGAUUAUGUGAGGUAUGAUGCAACGUGUGCUAAUGAGGAACAACCCACUUCCACAUCACCGCGACCAAGCGAGGAGGAGAGACAGCAGGCAUGCAUCGAUCAGUUGGCAGGCGCCGAGCCCACCUCUUAUUUCUUUGCUUUGAAUCCUUUGGAUCCUCAGUGCCGUACCUAUAUUUACUGCGAGAAAGACAUACGUGAUAAUUGGAAAGCUCUAUACCUACCGUGUCCGGCCAAUAAGUUCUUCAACUUGGCAACCCAAGUGUGUCAGGAAACCGUACCAGCGGGGUGCGAGUAGGAGAAGAUCAGAAUCAAAGAUCAGAUCAAAUUUUAACAAAUCAAUUAUGUUUCUUUUGUUAGAUGCCGAAAGUUCAAUAUUUAAUAUAAUUUUAUUGAUGUUUUCUACAUUUCUGUUGUUAAAAAAUAAAGAAACAAUUAAAUUACCUUUAAAUAUUGGCAAAA